AUGGAAGACGAAGUAGCUGCUCUUGUCAUCGACAAUGGUUCUGGUAUGUGUAAAGCAGGUUUCGCUGGCGAUGACGCCCCACGUGCGGUGUUCCCAUCCAUCGUAGGUCGCCCCCGCCACCAAGGUGUUAUGGUCGGUAUGGGUCAAAAGGACUCGUAUGUCGGUGAUGAGGCCCAAUCGAAGCGUGGUAUUCUUACGCUCAAGUAUCCUAUUGAGCACGGUAUUGUGACAAAUUGGGACGAUAUGGAGAAAAUUUGGCAUCACACUUUCUAUAACGAACUUCGAGUUGCCCCCGAAGAGCACCCUGUAUUAUUGACAGAAGCCCCACUUAAUCCCAAGUCUAACCGUGAAAAGAUGACACAAAUUAUGUUUGAGACGUUCAAUGCUCCUGCUUUCUACGCUGUACUUUCAUUGUAUGCUUCUGGGCGUACUACUGGUAUUGUGCUUGAUUCGGGUGAUGGUGUUACUCACACUGUACCCAUCUAUGAAGGUUACGCUCUUCCCCAUGCUAUCCUCCGUCUCGAUCUGGCUGGACGUGAUUUGACUGAUUACUUGAUGAAGAUACUUAUGGAGCGCGGUUAUUCAUUCUCAACUACCGCCGAACGUGAAAUUGUCCGUGAUAUCAAGGAAAAACUAUGUUACGUUGCUCUUGAUUUCGAACAGGAAAUGCAAACUGCAGCUCAAUCGUCCUCGUUAGAAAAAUCUUAUGAAUUACCCGAUGGCCAGAUGAUUACCAUUGGUAAUGAACGAUUCCGUGCUCCAGAGGCUCUCUUCCAGCCAUCAUUCUUGGGUCUUGAAGCAGCUGGUAUUCACGAGACGACGUACAACUCAAUCAUGAAGUGUGAUGUUGAUAUUCGUAAGGACCUUUAUGGCAAUAUCGUUCUCUCUGGUGGUACAACGAUGUAUGCUGGUAUUGCUGACAGAAUGCAGAAGGAGAUCACAGCCUUGGCUCCUUCGAGCAUGAAGAUUAAGAUUGUUGCUCCUCCGGAGCGUAAAUACUCCGUCUGGAUCGGUGGAUCUAUCUUGGCAUCACUGUCUACCUUCCAACAGAUGUGGAUCAGCAAACAAGAAUAUGAUGAAUCCGGCCCAUCCAUUGUUCACCGCAAAUGCUUCUAA